ACCACGGGCACGACUCACCGCUGCCGCAUCUUGGCCGGCGGCGUCGACAACGCCAUGCUCCCCGCCGACUAGUUGAUCUGGCCCAGACCAGUCUUCCCAGCCAUCCGAAUCACACAUCGAGAGGAGCUGCAAGCCCUACCAUGAGCACGAGAGGGGAGAUGUCUCCCCGCCGCUGCCGCCGCCGCCGCACCGGUCCGCCGUCUCCGCCGCCGGCCUCUCUGCCAGACGCCGACGACCUGCUCCGGGAAAUUCUCCUCCGCCUGCCCCCGCGGCCUUCCUCCCUCCCCCGAGCCUCCCUCGUCUGCAAGCGUUGGCGCAGCAUCGUCUCCGACCCCCAAUUCCAACGCCGCUUCCGCGCCCACCACGGCAAGCCCCCUCUCCUUGGCUUCUUCCUCGACAAUCCUUUCUCCUGCCCGUUUGUUCCAAUGCUGGAUCCACCGGAUCGCAUCCCCGGCGCUCGCUUCUCCAUGCCUCUAUACGAGAGCAACCGCAUCAUCGACUGUCGCCACGGACUUGUCCUCUUCCUCAGCCCAUGGCCGCCGCGCCGCCUACUUGUGUGGGACCCCGUCGCCCGCGAGCAGCGCCGCCUCAUCUCCCCACCUGAGCUGGACAUCGGGCAGAUGUUCAUCUUCAACGGGGCUGUGCUUCGCCCUGCACGCGGCCAAGGCUGCAGUUCAGGCCAUUUCCGGGUGGCCGUGGUAGCCCGUGACAGAGCAUGUACUAGAGUCUCCGUAUGCCUUUACUCAUCGGAGACUGGGAUAUGGAGCAACAUCAAAUCACUGCAGCUGAAUUUUUUACCUGUGGAACAAACCAGUACUUUGAUUGGGAAUUCCCUUUGCUGGUUACUUCCGGUGCGUCGUCAAAAUGUCAUACUUGAGUUUGAUCUGGAUAAGCACACCCUAACUGUGACAGAGCUGCCAGCACCUAUAGAACCCAACUAUAAAAAGUUAUGGAUUGUGCCGGCCGAAGAUGGUGGGCUUGGCUUCAUCCAUCUCUCACAAUUUCACGCCAAAUUAUGGAAGAGAAAGCCUGAUUCUAAUGGUUUGGAUGUUUGGGUGCUCAAUAAAGCUAUUGAUUUUGAGGAGCUCAGACCAACUUGCAUUGGAUACUCUCUCGCUUUAGUGGGGUUUGCCGAGGAGAGUAAUGCAGUCCUUGUACAGACAGAUUCUGGUGUCUUCAUGGUUUAUCUCCGGUCAACGGGGUUUAAGAAACUUUCCAAUCUGAGUGUCUUCUGUCUCCAUUAUCCAUUUGAAUAUUUCUAUCCUGCAGCACUGAAUGCAUAACAGCUGGAAAUCGUCGCAAUAGUUUUGUCAUUUGUGGAAGAGCCCUGCUAUGCUUAGCAAGUUCAGUUGUAAACUGGGAAACAUAACCGGAACUUAUUAUUUUUCUUGUCAGGUUUUAACCUUUGUCAUGUCUUAGUUCGUUCUGCUUGGUCUGACAAGGAAUUGAUUUUACUCAAGAUGAUUUUUAGAAAGUGUAUUUUCUUCCGCGUGAACUGUGUUAUGGUAAUAUUCAGUACUGGACCGUGGUUCUCUUGACAAAGUGCUACAUAACAGUUGAAAAUGGGAGAGAACUAAAUGGAAGCUGAGACCAAACCAGCUCAAUGUAUAACUCCAUUGGCACUUCUCGAAACUUAAAGCUAGUUACACUCUUACAUUUGGAAGCUGAAACCGGUGGAAUAAAAUUAAAGUUCUAUUUUAUGUUUUGUUAAAUAUCUUCCUGAAGUGAGGAGUCCAUUUGCAGUUUUGCACUAGAGGAUAAAUAAAUACCAAACCAGCUUAAUGUGUAACUCCAUUUGCACUUUUCUGUAUGUCUCAUGUUGUCUAGAUUACAUAAGUACGCACGUCUCGGUUCACCGAGAUAUCACUUUAUAAAUCUCUCU